GGUUCCGUCCUGGUUUCCGUGGUCUGCUCUGCUGGUUUCGCCUGAAUGUGGAGCGCGAGUCGCAGUUCUUCCCCAGCAGCUGGUGUGAGAUGUUCUGCAUCUGCCAUGGCACGAGCUGUGUUUCCGGGGGUGUUAUGCAGAAAGCUUCUGCUGAUCCAGGCCAGAUUCUCCUACCUGCACAUGAGGUACCUGUUCUUCUCCUGGCUGGUGGUGUUCGUAGGAAGCUGGAUCGUGUAUGUAGAGUACUCAUCCUACUCGGAGCUCUGCAGAGGACACGACUGCAAACAUUCCAUGUGUGUUAAAUACAGGGAGGGCGUGAUCGACGGCCCAGCCUGCAGCAGCCUCUGUGACAAACACACGCUUCAUCUGGGAAAGUGUUUCACUGCCAAACCGAACUGCCAGGUUUACUCAGGGAGCUGGGGAGACUUGGAGGGAGUCAUCAAAUGCCAGCUGGAGGAGGCUCCGCACUAUGACUUGGGAGGAGAGAUAGAGGCUGCAGCCUUCAGCAAGCCCUCCAAGGGAACCUCGGUGGAGAAGUUCAGAGAGAUGAUCAUCAACCAUCUGAAGACUAAGGUGGGUGAUCAGGCCAACCUAGCAGACCUGGCAACCCAGGUGUUGGCCACUGCAGAUGCCAACAGGGAUGGCCACAUCUCUCUGCCAGAAGCCCGGUCCACGUGGGCCCUGCUGCAGCUCAACGAGUUCCUGCUGGCGCUGGUCCUGCAGGGCAGGGAGCAUACCCCCCGCUUACUGGGCUUCUGUGGAGACCUGUACGUGGUGGAGAAGGUGUCCUACUCCCCCCUGUAUGGCAUCAGUCUGCCGUGGAUCCUGGAGGUGUGGGUUCCUGCUGGGCUGCGCCGCCAGAUGGACCAGUGGUUCACCCCGUCAUGGCCACUCAAGGCGAAAAUCUCCAUCGGCCUGCUGGAGCUGGUGGAAGAUGUUUUCCACGGCACUUUUGGCAGCUUCCUCAUGUGCGACAUGAGCGCCGCCACCUUCGGCUACAACGUCCGACACGACUUAAAGGUGAUGGACGCCCAAUUCAUCCUUCCCGAAGCCGCGUUCCAGGACCAAAUCCGGCAGAAGCGCUGCGACGUGGAUGAGGAUUGUCUGUACGGAGCCGACUGCCUGACUUCCUGUGACCUCACCAAGCACCGGUGCACGCCUGAGGUCACGAGGCCCAACCUGGCCAAAGCCUGCCAGAUCCUGAAGGACUACAUCCUGAAAGGAGCGCCGUUGGACGUGAGCGAGGAGCUGGAGAAGCAGCUGUACGACUGCAUCGCCCUCCGAGGCUCCGUAGACCUGAUGGAGAUGGAACACUCGCUGGUCCUGAACAACCUGAAAACCCUGCUGUGGAAGAAAAUCUCUCACACGAAGGACUCCCGAUGAGGUCCAGCGGGCAGCCUCCCCUGAGACACUGGUCCAAGCCCGGUUAAAUCCCUGCACGACUUUCACAUACAAACUGGAAAUGUGCCAUUUGCCCAAACUAAGAAAUAAAAUGUAAAGAACCUGCUCCUGUCUGUUUGUGGUCCAGUUCACCAUAAACCAGGUUUAUUUGCAGCAAACUCAGGAACAAAUUCCCCAUGAAUUUACUAAGACACAGCGAUGCUGGACACAGCACAGAUUACUUUUCAGAUUUAUUACAACAAAUUUGAGCAUCAGGAACAGAAGACUCAGUCUGCAGCCUCUUGUUCCUGAGCCCGGAGGAAGCUG